AUAAGUUGAAGCAUGCGUCGUCCCAUCCCUCGCUUUCCUCCACGGCCAUGUUGAGACAGGGAUUGAGAAGGCUUGCGAAUGGUGUUGUAAAACCAGCGCUAUUGCAGCGCUCGGUUCCGACAGCACACCAAAGGUUACUGCCAGCAUGUGUUGAAAGCUUAAAAAGCAGAAAUGUCACCACAGACACAACAAAGAAUAAGGCUGCAGCUGCACCAUCAGGGAAAGCUGAGCUCCCAAAAGCAGCAGGAGCCGGCAACUUGGGAAGCAUUGUUGCUGUCAUUGGUGCUGUUGUAGAUGUACAGUUUGAAGGAGAACUGCCUCCAAUUUUGAAUGCCCUUGAAGUUCAAGGAAGAACCUCAAGAUUGGUAUUAGAGGUUGCCCAGCAUUUAGGAGAAAAUGUUGUUCGAACAAUCGCUAUGGAUGGUACUGAAGGUCUUAUUCGUGGCCAAGGAGUUUUAGAUACCGGUGAUCCAAUCAAAAUUCCGGUUGGCCCAGAGACUUUAGGCAGAAUUAUCAAUGUAAUUGGAGAGCCCAUAGAUGAAAGGGGCCCCAUCUUAACUGACAAGCGAGCACCUAUUCAUGCUGAAGCACCAGAAUUUAUUGAAAUGAAUGUCAAUCAAGAGAUUCUGGAGACUGGAAUCAAAGUUGUAGAUUUAUUAGCACCUUAUGCGAAAGGAGGAAAAAUUGGUCUGUUCGGUGGUGCUGGUGUAGGCAAAACUGUAUUGAUUAUGGAACUUAUUAACAAUGUUGCCAAAGCCCAUGGUGGUUAUUCAGUGUUUGCUGGCGUAGGAGAGAGAACACGUGAAGGAAAUGAUUUGUAUCAUGAAAUGAUUGAGUCUGGAGUCAUUGACCUCAAAGGAGAUGGAUCAAAGGUGUCCCUUGUGUAUGGUCAAAUGAAUGAACCACCAGGUGCAAGAGCUCGUGUUGCUCUUACAGGACUUACAGUUGCAGAGUAUUUCAGAGAUCAAGAAGGACAAGAUGUGUUGCUUUUUAUUGAUAACAUUUUCAGAUUUACACAGGCAGGUUCAGAGGUAUCUGCCUUGCUUGGACGUAUCCCAUCAGCUGUAGGCUACCAACCAACCUUGGCAACUGAUAUGGGUACUAUGCAGGAAAGGAUUACCACAACAAAGAAAGGAUCUAUUACUUCAGUACAGGCUAUUUAUGUGCCAGCUGAUGACUUGACUGAUCCUGCUCCAGCCACAACCUUCGCUCACUUGGAUGCCACCACUGUCUUGUCUCGUGGUAUCUCUGAGUUGGGUAUUUACCCAGCUGUAGAUCCACUUGAUUCAACAUCACGUAUCAUGGACCCCAAUGUUGUUGGAAUGGAACACUAUGAUGUAGCAAGGUCAACACAGAAAAUUCUACAGGACUACAAAUCACUUCAAGACAUCAUUGCUAUUCUUGGUAUGGAUGAAUUGUCAGAAGACGACAAGCUAACUGUUGCAAGGGCCAGGAAGAUCCAAAGGUUCCUGUCACAACCAUUCCAGGUCGCAGAAGUAUUCACGGGUCAUUUGGGAAAACUUGUCCCAUUGUCUGAAUGUAUUUCUGGAUUCAAGAAGAUUCUUUCAGGAGAGCUCGACCAUUUGCCAGAAGUAGCUUUUUACAUGGUUGGAAAUAUUGAUGAAGCCGUUGCAAAAGCCGAAAAGCUUGCCCUAGAACACUAAAUUCCUAGACAAUAGAUGAGAGCUAUUUGAAUUUCUUUUGUGCUUGAUUCUUUCCCCUUGUAAAAUUUCAUGUUUCUGAAUGUUUAAAUGUGUGUUAUACAA